UCACAAACACUCCAACAACUAAAAAGCACUUUGUUUGCAAUCCCAGGGCGCCCAGGAAGGAGCUCAGCUUAUCAGCAGGAUCGCUCGUCAGGGAAAGGUUCAGGACCAGGCCAACCAUCUAAUCAUAUCUCUGUUAAUCAUCUUGGGAACCUGGUCUCCUGCUGUCUGCACUGAAUUACACCCAUUCCAGAAGGACAGCCAUGGAUCCUGGUGAAAACUGGAUCCCAGAUGACGUUGCAAUGUGGUUAACUCACAUUGGAAUAAAUCAUUUCUCUAACACUCUGAGAGAUAAUGGUGUUCCUGACCAUUUGACUAACCAGUUCAAUGUGGAUCAGCUAGGUUCUCCAGAGAUCUAUCAAAUCCUGCCCAAUAACCCCCUGAGGGUGCUGGAUGAGUUUGCAUACCAUUACCACGAACACAACCCCUAUGACUACACCAAUCAUGAGCACCCACUAGCAGCAGAGGCCCUCGGCCCAGCAGAAAGAGAAUCUGGUGAGGAGCCCCACUUUAGCCUUCAUCCUCCUCCGAACCUCCUCAGGCACCCCGAGACUGAGAUGAGAGGUUCUGAGGACCUAGCCUCUGGAACAGUUCUGCAGCGCUUGAUGCAAGAACACCUGAGGUAUGGGGGCCACCAGGGUGACAACAUGAGCCUGCUUGCAAUGCAUCAGCAGCAGCUAUCUCCAUCACCAUCGCAACAACAACAGCAGCAUCCAGCCACAGGGAGCACUGGACCAUCCACCAGCGCUGCUACCAGUGCCCUUUCUUCCACCGAGAACCUCCUCCAAGAAGACCCACAAAUGGUCCAUCAAUCGGCCCGCCAAGAACCCCAGGGCCAGGAGCAUCAGGUGGACAACACAUCCAUGGAAAAGCAGGGGACCCGGGUCUCUCAGCCACAGCAGAACAAUGAGGAUCUGCCCACCUAUGAAGAAGCCAAAGCGCAGUCCCAGUUCUUCAGGGGGCAACAGCAAGGAUCCAUUGGAUCAGGAUACUACGUUCCUGGGGCGACCAUCAACACCACCACCACCAUCAACACCACCACCUCCACCCAGAAGGCAAGGACUGAAGGGAGGUCAACAGUCAACCGAGCCAGCAUGGGGCAGCCCCACAAAGAUGAAGCCCUAAAGGAACUCAAACAGGGUCAUGUUCGUUCCCUCAGCGAGAGGAUCAUGCAGAUGUCCCUGGAGAGGAACGGGGCCAAGCACCACCCUAACGGGAGCAGCAGCUUGCCUUCCCCGACUGCAUCUGGAAAGGGGUUUAAAAAUGGGGGAGGUCCUCCACUGUUACCACCCGCUCCGCAGGCUAUGGGGAAGGGAGGGGACCCCAGAGGGCCUCCACCCGACUAUCCGUUCAAAGCCAAGCAUAUGAUGUCCGCUGUGAACAAGCCUCAGGAACAUGGACACUUGUACAGUGAUCAGCACUCUGGGUUCGUACUCGACCUACCAAAAUCUUACCCUAUGCUUCAGCCGGCAAGAACAGAAGUAACUGUUCUAAGGUACCAGUCCCCUCCAGAGUACUGUGCAACAAGGCAAUGCCAGCCCCUGUAUCCGUCCGGGUCUUUCCAGCAGCACAGCCCCAUGUCAUCGCAGGGUUCCUCCGUUUCUGGGCCCUUCCACUCAAUGCCCCUCCCCUCACCGCCGGCCCCUCUGCCACAGCCAGCCAGCCCGGCCAAUCAGCAACUGCCUGGAGAUGCCUUUGCCAUCGUGGCUCGCGCUCAGCAGAUGGUUGAGAUCCUAUCGGAAGAGAACCGAGGGCUACGGCAGGAGCUGGAGGGCUACUGCGAGAAAGCCGCCAAGCUGCACAAGUUUGAGUGUGAGAUCCACAAGAUCUCAGAGGCUUACGAGAGCCUGGAGAAGAGCACCUCCAAGAGAGAGGCCCUGGACAAAGCCAUGAGGAACAAGCUGGAGGGAGAGAUCCGCAGGCUGCACGACUUCAACCGGGACCUGCGAGAUCGACUGGAGACUGCCAACAGGCAGCUGGCCAGCAGAGAGUUUGAUGGGAAUGAAGAUCAGGCAACAGAGGGGCAUUAUCUGUCACAGAGCAGAGAGAGCGUGAAGGAGAAAGAGAAGCUAGAGAUCGAAGUGGCCGCCCUGCACUCAGCCAAUGACGACCAGCGCCGACACAUCCAAAUCCUGGACCAGGCCCUGAACAAUGCCCAGGCCAAGGUGGUCAAGCUGGAGGAGGAGCUCCGGAAAAAGCAGGUGUACGUGGAGAAGGUGGAGAAGCUGCAACAGGCCUUGUCUCAGCUCCAGGCCGCCUGUGAGAAGCGCGAGCAGCUUGAGAAGAGGCUGCGCACCCGACUGGAGAGAGAGCUGGAGUCUCUCCGUGUGCAGCAGCGGCAGGGUGGGUCUCAGGCCCCCGCCCUCUCGGAGUACAACAGCCCAACUCUGAUGGAGCUGCUCCGGGAGAAGGAGGAACGCAUCCUGGCUCUUGAGGCCGACAUGACCAAGUGGGAGCAGAAGUACCUGGAGGAGAGCGCCAUGAGGCACUUCGCCAUGGAUGCAGCCGCCACUGCGGCAGCACAGAGGGACACAACUAUAAUCAACCACUCCCGCAAUGGCAGCUACAGUGACAACUCUCUGGAGGCACGAAUCUGGCAGGAGGAGGAGGAGAUCACCCAGGCCAACCGCCAGUGCCAGGAAAUGGAGCACAGAAUAAAAAACCUGCAUGCCCAGAUCAUCGAGAAGGACGCCAUGAUCAAGGUGCUGCAGCAGCGCUCCAGGAAGGAGCCGGGAAAGAGCGACACGCUCCCUCUUCGCCCUGCCAGGUCUGUGCCCUCCAUCUCUGCGGCCAGUGGGCUGCACUUGCGCCAGACCUCCCAGACAAACAACCAGGUCUCUGAGGUGAAGAGGGAAGACCGAACCUGGAAAGGGAGCCUUGGUGUGCUCCUGGGUAAAGAGAAUCUGGAACAUCUGCUGCCCUCUGCCACAGCCCCUUCCUCUCCUUCCCCCACCCCGGUAUUCUUCGGCCACGUGAAGACAGGUAGCAAGGAUAACAGCACUCAGACGGACAAGAGCCCCGAGCUGCUGAGGACCUCGACCAGCGCAGCCAGGGCCAGACUCAGCACCCCACCCAGCAGCAGUCCCACCCUCCGGCACCCCCUGACCAAGACAGGCACAGACAAACAAGAGACCCUUCCAGCUUAUGUGAAAUUGUCAGACAGCAGAUCUGUGGGCAGCAGCUUGGGACACAAGCAGGAGCUUCCUGAUACAGACGUGGUGGAAAUACUAAUCUAGGAAGCGGCAGUAACCUUUGAUUGAGAAGACUGGAGGGGAACGUUUGGGCUGAAGAACUUUCAAGGUUUUCUAGAAGAUGAGGAAGGAUUUUGGAAUAGCAUGAUGAUGAAUAGCAGGAUGAAAAGAUGAGUAGAGGAAAAUUAAUGAUCAGAAGAUGGGAUUGAGAGUUUGUGUAAAGUUGACAGAAGGACCCGUGACAGAAGUAGUCUUUUAAGUUGAGAUGGGGGUUUGAGAAACCAGGUAAAAGCUGGGUUCAUUUGAAAGGGACUGUGGACUGUACCAGAUGAAUAAAGGACACCACACACCAGAAGCCACACAGAGGCAAUGCGACAGAUUGGAAAACUGUAGUAAAUUGCUGUUGACAAAACUAUGAUCAAGACAUAUUUGUCAACAUGAUGCAGUAAUUACGAGUGUCUUCUCUGACAGCCUUUCAACAUAUAUGACAAUACAUCCUACUUACCAGGCUUAUCCAGUGCAUUUGAAAUGGACUCCCAUAUAUUACCUUUCAAAUCUGUAUCUUUAUAAUUGAGAUUAUAUUUGUCAUCAUGGAUACUGCUUCUCCCUGCUGGACCACGUGCAUUGAGGCUGUUCUCUGAUUGGUCAAUUCCAUAGUUGUCGCACAAUAAAUCACAAAAAAUAGGAUUCAGUCCUUUUUAUUUCGCAUCGCUGUAGUGUCACCCCUACGUUGCCUGUGGUGUGAAAGAUAUUUAUCAGAAGUACAGGUUCGAUUCAUUUUGUCGCAUCGCUGCACAGUUCCGCUUGUCACGUUGCAUCUGGAGUGUAGCAGCCUUAGGGCGGACGUUUUUGACAAUCAGGAGAAUAGGUUGGUUCAUUUUGUUUUUUGUUACGUUCAAAAAAAGUCUUAAAUCCCAAGUGUUUUAUUUUUUACUUUUUCUCAGUUGCUGCUAUGUGAGCUGUAAUUUGUUCAAGGAUCAGAAAGCAGACAUGAUACAUGGAAUAAUACUGGUGAUUCGUUACAGUUCAUGGUAUGAUUGCGUGAAUGUGAAUGGAAACUUUUGCCAUUAAACACGUUUAUGUUUUUAUCAGGAAAAAAAAAAAAAACAUUUAAAGGAUAUAGAAUAUGUCAACAUUAAAAGAAAAUGUUAAGAGAGGUACUGAGUGUUUUAAAUCACUAUGAGCCCCCACAGAAUUUAUAACUUCAUGUGAUUUAUGUCAUGCAAAAGAAAAAACAAUUUGAACUUAACGCUGAAUGAAUUGCAUUAUUGUUGUCACUAAUGGUAUGGAUUUGGAAAACCAAUUCUAUCCCUCAGACUAAGGCACUUAAGAAACACAUUAGGAUUUACUCAGUGAAGUAGUUUAGGGUAAAGGACAAAGACCAGAAGACCUCAGAUCUCGAGGACCGGAACUGUGCUCCCCUGCUUUAACGCAACACUAGAAUGACACCUCGACAAUCAUAGGCAGAGCGGGAUCAGUGACAUUAGUGGAUUAGUUCUAGAAGUUUCUUGGUGUGGUGUACAUAUACAUUUCUGUAAAUGUUUUUUUUUUGGUCUAAACAGGAAUCGUCUGCUGUAAAUACCAAAUUGUGGGUUCCACUUUGCUGCCUGACUUUAUUAUUGUUCAAAAACCCAGUUUAAAGUUGAAUUCCCUAGAUAAAAUGGGCCAUUUCUCGUAAACUUUGGUAUUAAUGAUUUCAAAUCAAAAAAAUAAAAUAAGUGGUGGUUGUUCUGCCACUGUUUACUUUUUAAUUGUGUAAUUUCUAUACAGUGAAAAAAAAAGUUCCUCAAACUUCAGUCACAGUACAGGAUUUACCAAAGAGCAAUGAAAAGGUAGCAAGAGGGUUUGACCGUCAUUUAUUUUACAUAUUUCACUGAAUGUUUUUAAAUGAUUAAAAACAUUUCAUAGUAGAACAUAUCAUUUAUAAGGGAGUUCAUCUUUAAUGAGUAAUGAAGCAAAGGCUAAUCGUAUGACUGUCAGUCUUUAUAGGUGUGCCCUACUUCAAAUAUGAGAAGUGUAAUUGAGGUGAAGGGGCUAUCUUUGGGAAGCUUGUGUUCCCCAGGUCUGUUGACGACGCUGUACUAACUUCUAAAGUGCAAAUGGUUUCAUAACAGUAAUUUUUUUCAUGUUCAGUCCUGAGUGGAAAUUGGAGGCUUUCCCAUUUAUUGUGUCUGUUCAAUUUUACGUUGUAUGUGCUUACCUUCCAAACAAGAAGAUGAUCACUACUUUUCCUGUUUGAACAAUCACAGUUGGCAGCAAAACCAACCCAUUUUGCAAACAUGACAAAAAAGUAAAAGUGUUUGAUAUCCAUACCUCUUUAAGUCACACACAAAAUGUGUUUGAAGUAGCGAUUAAUCUGCUCCAAACAGCACAGCCACUGGGUAUUGACAAUGAACAGACCCUACAUGCCAACUGUCAUCUCUUUAGGGACGCUUUGGUAUCCAUAGAAACCAGCCGUACUGAUUACCAACUCCAAACUGUAAGCCCACUCUAAAAAUAUUGCAGUAAAUUAGUCUGAAAAGUAAUAGUUUCUUCUCACAAAAUAGAUGUAUCAAGGCACUUAUUUCUACUGUUGUAAAUAUUUAUUUUUAUUGUUUGUUGGCUUGCUUGAUGUAUUUAACUCAAGAUGGACAAACUUCCUUAUAAUCUAAUAAUCAAUGCCCCUCAUUUUCUGGUAGUUCAUGUCAGAAGGUGGCUUCCAGGCAUCUGUAACAUGUUAUGUAUUAGGAGUUUUCUGUUAUUGUAGUAGAUUGUUUCCAGACUCGCAGAUCAGAGACAGAGGAAGUGAGUUACCCAAAUGCAUCACUCAUUUUUAACGCGUGCCCAUCUCUCUAAAUGUUACCUAUCUUCCGGAUAACAAAAUGCUGCUUCACGUUGAGCUUAAAGCAGUAUUUUUUUUCUUCAUUGUGAUACGGCAUAAAAUCUCUUUUGGUUCAUCAAACACAAUAGAUGUGGGGGAGGGGAGGCAGGGGCUGGUAUUAGUUCAGUAGAAAACAAUCUUUUUUUGUACAAAACAAAAGGCAGCGUGAAAACUGCUUGUCAUUUGUAAAUCAGUACAGUUACUUUGUUUUGUGCUAAAUGUUUCUAUUUAAAAUAUUAUUCGACUUGUUUUAGACUAGCAGUGUCCAUGCAUAUUGUAUGAUCCGGUUAGUGUCCCUACAGUGCAUUAAAGAGCAUGGCAUUUUUAAUGGUUUUAAACAUUUUUUUUGUUGUCUUGUUACUUUUUAAAAAAAUUUUUACAUGCUGUCCAGACAUUGCUAACCCUGCCAUCAUGACUCCUUCCUUACACCAAGAAACUUAAAAUGGCGGGGCUGGAAAGUGGAUAACAUUGCUAUAAGGUCUGAAAAAAGUAGCACAUUUACAAAGUAAAACAAAAGCGAAAUGCACCCUGACUGGUAAAAACUCUAAAUGGGUGAGAAUGCUAUAUAAACCAUGUGGGUCGUCCGGCCCGGCCCGGCCCGGCCCCGCCCCGCCCCGCCUUGCUCUUUCAACUAUUGAUCAAAUAUUUGUUACUGUGGUCUUGUGUUUUAAAAACGCUUCUUUCCUUUUUAUGUUGUGUGGUGUUACGCCGAGUUCAUUCCAGAUGAAAGUGGUUAAAAGUUGUAAAAUAAUCUCUGUAUUGGAGGUGAUGCUGCGUUUGUACAGAGAGUUUGUACAGGAGGGAUGUUUGUACAUAUAGGUCAAAGGAACUAUUGUCUAUCACAGCAGAUAUUGAUCUUUUCAACCAAAGAAUUUCCUACUGUACUAUUUGUUUUUUUUUGUUUGUUUGUUUGUUUUGCUGCUUAAACCUGUGCCUUAAAAUAGUAUUGUACAGAAUAAAUUGCACAUAACACCC